AUGCAAGCAGGGUCUGUGUUUGAAGUUUCAUUCACAGAUUUUUUAGCUGUUAUUGGUCUUGCAUACUUUAUUUACUGGAUGUUUUUUAAAAAAACAAAUAAGGAGGAAACACCCAAAGAUAUUUUACCGCCGAUGCAAAAAAGAGACUUCAAUGUGCAGGAACUUCGAGACUAUGAUGGUGUGAAGGAAAAGCGCAUACUUCUGGCAUUACUCGGCAAUGUAAAGUCAAGCAGUUUUCAAGAAAAAUUUUGGUUUUUUCUGGUAAAGCGAGAAAAAAUUGAUGAGUUACAGUGCCGUUCUGUUAGUCUGCAUAAACUUUCUAUCUGUGCAGAUGUAGAUCUUGGCCUUCAGGUUUACGAUGUUAGUCGGGCGAAGCAAUUUUAUGGUCCAGGUGGUCCUUACCAUAGUUUUGCUGGUCAUGACGCGACUCGAGCACUUGCAACAGGUGAUGUUAAGGCGGUUAAAGAUGCUGAGGACGACACAAGUGAUCUUACCCCUUCAGAAGUUGACGACGCUAAAAAUUGGGAGAUGAGCUUUAGAUGUAAAUAUCCGACUGUCGGACGCCUUAUUCGAGAAAGUGAGAAACCCACUGACUACGGUGGUGCAGUCGCUGGCUUGUAG